AGGAAAGCUUGCGCGCAUGCGCGGCGGGCCCAGCAACGAAAACUUCCUGCAAAAUAGUGCUCCCUAUCAACCAGACCAAAGCUUUUUACACAUGCCAAAAUAGUGCUCCCUAUCAACCAGACAAAGCUUUUACACAUUGGAUUCAAUCGGCCACGCUUAAAUUGUAAGCGUUGUGACUUCACUCCCUCAAUGUCCGCUUUUCAUUUCUCCGCUGUGGCCCUUGGGACCGUGCGAAGAAGGGUCCGGACAGACUCCCCAGGUCCAGAGAGUAGGCUGUGACAGCGUGCCGUCAUGUCGGGUCGCUCCGCCGCAGAGAUGGAUGACUCGCAGGAGCUGCCGGCAAAGAAAGCAAAGCUUGAAUUAGACCGUGGACUGGAAAAAGACCAAAGUCAUUUGAGGAAUGAUAGAAGUCCGAGUGCUGUGUUAGCUCCAUCCGAGCAGGCUAGCUCUUACUCCACCCUGUCCAUCUCCCAACUUGACACAGGGGAUCGGGAACAGUCUGAAGCGGAGAGAGUGGCGGCGCCUCAAACGUGCGGCAACUCCUUGAACUCGUACGCGCAUCCUGACACAACGGCAGCGCCUGGAUACACCCAGCAAGUCUAUGAAGGAAGCAACCCCGUGGUGACGGCAUACCCCAGCCAGGUGGCCUUCCCUCCGCUGGCCCAGUCCACUGGAUACUCCGCUUUCCCCCAGACAGGACAAACCUACGGCCUCCCUCCCUUUGGUGCUAUGUGGCCAGGCAUAAAAACAGAGACAGGUCCGCCAGAGGCGCCCUCUGGUGGCCAGCCUGGGUUUCUCAGCUUCAGCACCACAUAUACCUCAAGCCAGCCAAGUCAGCUGCACUACUCAUACCCCAGCCAAGGCUCAAGUUUCACAACAUCCAGUGUGUACUCCAACAUCCCCUCAGCUCCAGCUGCAACAACCGCAUCCACCACAGUGGCCCUCCAGGAAUUCAGCGGCUACAACUCUCUGGGUCAAAACCAGUUCUCGCAGUACUACAGCCUGCCUCCGAGUUUCGUGCCCGCCGGCCUGCCCAGCACCGACGACCACGGCGCCACUGUGGGAGGCGCUGUGUACUCGGCGGUCAAGUCCGAGGAGGCCGCCUCAGCCGGACUGCCCCCGAGAGAUGCGUCCCCACCAGAGAACCUCCCUGCAGGCGCGGCUCUGCCCACCAGCGUAGCUCAUCCUGCCGGCGCUAGAGACCAAGAUGACGUCGGACGCAGGAACUCGGUGGGAAAAGCGAAAGGAAAGGGCAAAAAGUGUGAUAGCUCCCCACCUGCUGACACUGACCUGGAGCGCAUCUUCUUAUGGGAUCUGGACGAGACCAUUAUUAUAUUCCACUCACUGCUCACAGGCUCCUUUGCGCAAAAAUUCGGCAAGGAGCCAGCAACCAUGCUGAACCUGGGCUUGCAGAUGGAAGAGUUCAUCUUUGAGCUGGCCGACAACCACCUUUUCUUCAACGAUUUAGAGGAAUGUGACCAAGUCCAUGUUGAAGAUGUGGCUUCUGAUGACAAUGGACAAGAUCUAAGUAAUUACAAUUUCUUGGCGGAUGGAUUUAAUGGCCCCAGUGGUGGAGGGACAGCAGGAGCCGCCACAGGCGUCCAGGGAGGCGUGGAGUGGAUGCGCAAACUGGCUUUUCGCUACCGCCGCCUAAAAGAGAUUUACAACGGCUACAAGGCAAAUGUGGGAGGCCUGUUGAGUCCCAUGAAGAGGGAGCUGCUUUUGCGACUGCAGUCUGACAUCAACAACGUCACAGACUCGUGGCUCAACACUGCGCUCAAGUCCCUGCUGCUCAUCCAGUCCAGGGGAAAGUGUAUUAAUGUCUUGGUCACCACCACUCAGCUCGUUCCAGCUCUGGCUAAAGUGCUGCUCUACGGUCUGGGAGAUGUCUUCCCUAUAGAGAACAUCUACAGCGCCACAAAAAUAGGUAAAGAAAGUUGCUUCGAGAGGAUCGUCUCUCGCUUCGGGAAGAAAGUGACGUAUGUUGUCAUCGGUGACGGACGCGAUGAGGAGUUUGCGGCGAAACAGCACAACAUGCCUUUCUGGCGGAUCUCCACUCACGGCGACCUUGUGUCCCUGCACCAAGCUCUGGAACUGGACUUCUUGUAAAGGAGGAGGGGCGGCACAUUAAAAUGCGGGUGGGCGGGGAUGUAAAUUACCAGUCAUUGUUUGUGGAGGGACACCGAUCAACGCUGCGCACACGCAUUGUGACGUACCAUGUGAUGACAAAACGUACGGAGGGAGCGCUCUCUAUUCUUUGGCAGCUAAUCUCGCCACAGAUAAACCUGGUCCUCCUCGAGAAGAAUGCGUAAAGGAACAUCUCGUAAAAUUGCAAUUACCAAAGGGCCUUUACUAAAAAAAGUGUGCAGGUUUUUGUUUUUCAUCCCCCCAAAAAAAUUUGCACUCGUUCUGUUUGCACUCAUUUUGCCUUGUCAUUCAUAAAGGAGCUUUGGUUUGAAAUGAGGAAGUAGUUCUUCUAAUGGAUAGUGUUAGUCAUUAAAAGGUUUUCAGAGUAACAGA